AGACAGAGAGAGAGAGAGAGAGAGAGAGAGAGAGAGGACAGUAGACAGAGAGCUCUCGGGAAACGUAACCACCACUCUUAUCUUCCCCGCGUAAAACCAGAGUAUCGAGAUUGCCAAGUCUGUUGGAAGUGGAGAGAAACCGUUGGACUCCUCACUGAACCAAACGCUACCGCAACGAGGACGACUCGUUAAAAUAUCACCCGUAGGUUAGAUGUAAACUAGGCUAUAGGGAGGUUGAAAUAUAACUUGUGACAUACUGAAGAAGAUCCGGCGUUUUUCUCUCUCCAGUUUAGACCCGCUACCAGGAGGUUAUAAUAACACAACGGCUCCCCGUGUCGACAUGGAUAAAGUUAGACAUUGGCUUUUAGCUGUUAUCAGCUUGUUGUUGACGGUUCGAGGCGAAGCCUAUAAAGGUGAUUGUGACUUUGUCAAGCCGUUUGCAGCCUGCGGGUACAGCCAGGGGAGAGAGGACGAUCUAGAUUGGGAACAGGCUAACACCAGAGAGAAGCCUACAGCAGACCCAUGGAUGCCAACAGAUUCAGCCUUCAUUAUGGUCAACACGUCGGGGCGUUUCGCUGGUCAGAAGGCAUUACUCCUGACUCCCCAGCUGAAGGAGAAUGACACUCACUGCAUCAUCUUCCGGUACUUCCUGUCUGGACGCGAUGGGGCGGGGCCGGGGCAGCUCAACGUGUACAUCAGAGAGAACAACAGUCCCCUGGGCAUGCCUGUCUGGAACGUGUCUGGGCCAGCUACUAGAGCCUGGGUACAGGUAGAACUGGCCAUCUCUACCUACUGGCCCAACUUCUAUCAGAUGGUGUUUGAGGUGGUGACCUCAGGGCGUCGUGGCCUGCUGGCCAUCAAAAAUGUGGUGCUCCAGGGCCAUCAGUGCAUGAACACUCCUCACUUCCUGACCAUAAAGGGUGUAGAGGUCAACGCUGGACAGACGGCCGCUUUCCACUGUACUGUUAAUGGACGACAGAGAGACAACUUCAACCUCUGGUUGCAGGGCAUCGGUGGACGCGAGGCCCCUAUGAAGUCCACUAAGCCGUGGAAUAACAGACGCUUCAUUGGGACCUUCGACGUGGAGAACACCACUAAAGGAGACUCAGGACGCUACCGAUGCAUAGUCCACUCUGACAAAGGAGUUGGAGUGUCCAACUAUGGAGAACUCACCAUAAAACAGCCCCCGGUGCCCAUCGCUCCCCCCCAGCUCACAGCGGUCGGCGCCACCUACCUUUGGAUCCAACUCAACGCUAACUCCAUCAACGGAGACGGUCCAAUCAUCGACCGAGAGGUGGAGUAUCGUACUGUAUCAGGGACCAUGUAUGACCUGCAGCCAGUGGACAAGACCACUCAUAAAAUAGGUCACCUCACCCCAGACACAGAUUAUGAGAUCAGUGUGCUGUUGACCAGGCCCCUGGAUGGAGGGACUGGGGCCCCCGGGCCUCCUCUCAGGGCCAGGACCAAGUGUGCUGAGCCAAUCCACGGUCCCAGUCAUCUAGAAGUCGUUGACGUCCAAUCUAAACAAGUCACUGUUCGCUGGGAGCCUUUCGGCUACAACGUCACACGUUGCCAUAGCUACAACCUGACGGUGCAGUACCGGUCCCGAGUGGCGGGGAAGGACGAGACCCGGGAGGAGGUGUGUUACGACACCCUGGGUCGCGACCCCCAGCACACCAUCCACAACCUGACCCCCUACACCAACCUGUCAGUCAAACUGGUCCUCAAGAACCCAGAGGGGGUCAAAGAAAGCCCAGAGAUGGAGCUACAGACGGAUGAAGACGUACCUGGAGCGGUUCCUCUGGAGUCCAUCCAGGGCAGUGCUUACGAAGAGAAGAUGAUCCUGAAAUGGAGAGAACCAGCCCAGACCUACGGAAUCAUCACUCAGUACGAGAUCUCCUACAAGACGGUGAGCUCCUUUGACCCAGAGCUGGAUCUGUCUAACCAGAGUGGGAAGGUCCUGAAACACAGCAAUGAGACCAGCCACAUCUUCCUGGGGCUGUACCCAGGAUCCACGUACUCAUUCACCCUCCGAGCCUCUACCGCCAAGGGAUAUGGUCCACCAGUCAUCACACAGUUCACCACCAAGAUAUCAGCUCCCUCCAUGCCAGCCUAUGACCAGGAGACAUCUCUGAACCAGACAGACAGCACAGUGACUGUCCUGCUGAAACCUGCACAGAGCCGAGGGGCACCUGUCAGUGGGUACCAGGUGGUGGUAGAAGAGGAGAGACCUCAGAGGGCGAGAAGGGGUGCGGCUGAGAUUCUCCGCUGUUACCCUGUCCCCAUCCACUUCCAGAACUCCACAGUCCUGAACUCUGGGUACUACUUCACAGCUGAGUUCCCUGCCGUAGGGCUACAGGCUACUCAACCCUUCACUGUGGGAGACAACAAAACCUACGGUGGAUACUGGAACGCCCCCCUACUGCCCCAGAAGAGCUACAGCAUCUACUACCAGGCUGUCAGCACGGCUAACGGGGAGACCAAGAUGGACUGUGUCCGCAUCGCCACUAAAGCUGCCAUACUGGUGACCCAGCUCACUACCCCGUACGUCCGCAUCGUACCAGCGGCUGGUGACGACCAACUAACAGGAGCGGCCACCCAUAAGCCUGACGCGGUAGAGCCAGAGAAACAGACUGACCACACAGUGAAGAUAGCUGGAGUCAUCGCUGGCAUCCUCCUCUUCGUCAUUAUCUUCCUCGGAGUCGUCCUCCUCAUGAAGAAAAGAAGAACCUACCACUCCUACACUUACUACCUGAAGCUGGCUAAGAAGCGUAAAGAGACGUUGAGCAGUACUCGACAGGAGAUGACAGUGAUGGUUAACUCUAUGGAUAAGAGUUAUACGGAGCAGGGGACAAACUGUGACGAGGCCUUGUCCUUCAUGGACACACACAGCCACACCCUCAACACUAGGAGUGAGUGUACCCUCACAAUCAAUGGGAGAACUCCGUCGUCUCCCUCCUCCUUCACCCUGAAUAAGUCUAAUACUCUCAGUACAACGCUUCUCAAGUCCUACUACCCAGACGACAGCCAGACGAUGGGUGGUGGUGGUGGUGGCGGUAGCUGCAGUGACACCAGUAGUCUGGUCCAGUCUCACGGCCACUCCCUGAGAAAGAGGGAGGGGACAGUAGACGCGCCCUACCAGACAGGCCAGCUCCACCCUGCUAUCCGAGUAGCCGACCUGCUGCAGCACAUCACACAGAUGAAAUGUGCGGAGGGAUACGGCUUCAAGGAGGAGUAUGAGAGCUUCUUUGAGGGACAGUCAGCUCCGUGGGACUCCGCGAAGAAAGAUGAGAACCGGAUGAAGAACCGAUAUGGGAAUAUUAUUGCAUAUGAUCACUCCCGAGUCAGACUCCAGCCCCUGGAGGGAGAGCAGAACUCCGAUUACAUUAAUGCAAAUUACGUUGAUGGCUACCACAGGCCCAACCAUUACAUCGCUACCCAGGGUCCGAUGCAGGAGACGGUGUUUGACUUCUGGAGGAUGGUGUGGCAGGAGAACACGGCUGCUAUCGUCAUGGUCACCAACCUGGUGGAAGUGGGCAGGCAGGUGAAGUGCUGUAAGUACUGGCCGGACGACACAGAGAUCUACAGAGACAUCAAGGUGACGCUCAUAGAGACUCAGCUACUGUCAGAGUACGUCAUACGGACCUUCGCUGUCGAGAAGAGAGGAGCACAUGAGAUUCGGGAGAUCCGUCAGUUCCACUUCACAGGGUGGCCGGACCACGGGGUGCCCUACCACGCUACUGGUCUCCUGGGCUUCGUACGUAGGGUGAAGGCCAAGACACUCACCAUCGCUGGACCCAUGGUGAUCCACUGCAGUGCGGGGGCGGGCCGAACGGGCUGUUUCAUAGUGAUUGACAUCAUGCUGGACAUGGCAGAGAGAGAGGGCGUGGUGGACAUCUAUAACUGUGUCAGAGAGCUACGCUCCAGGAGAGUCAACAUGGUGCAGACAGAGGAGCAGUAUGUCUUUAUCCACGACGCCAUCUUGGAGGCGUGUCUUUGUGGUGACACCACCAUCCCAGCCAAUCAGCUUCGCUCGGUCUACUAUGACAUGAACCGAUUGGACCCCCAGACCAACUCCUCCCAGAUUAAAGAGGAGUUCAGGACUCUGAACAUGGUGACUCCUACGUUGCGUGUGGAGGACUGUAGUAUCGCCCUGCUCCCCAGGAACCAUGAGAAGAACCGCUGUAUGGACGUCCUUCCUCCUGACCGCUGUCUGCCCUUCCUCAUCACCAUCGAUGGAGAGAGCUCCAACUACAUCAACGCUGCUCUUAUGGACAGUUAUAAACAGCCGUCAGCAUUCAUCGUUACCCAGCAUCCUCUGCCCAACACAGUGAAGGAUUUCUGGAGGCUGGUGUUGGACUACCACUGUACCUCCAUAGUGAUGCUCAAUGAUGUCGACCCAGCACAGCUAUGUCCUCAGUACUGGCCUGAGAACGGGGUGCAUCGCCAGGGGCCAAUCCAGGUGGAGUUUGUAUCAGCUGACCUGGAGGAAGACAUCAUCAGUAGAAUAUUCAGGAUUUACAACGCAGCACGACCUCAGGACGGGUACCGUAUGGUCCAACAGUUCCAGUUCCUGGGUUGGCCCAUGUACCGAGACACGCCCAUGUCCAAACGCUCCUUCCUGAAGCUCAUCAGACAGGUGGACAAAUGGCAGGAGGAGUAUGAUGGAGGAGAGGGCCGCACGGUGGUGCACUGUCUUAACGGAGGAGGCCGCAGUGGGACGUUCUGUGCCAUCAGCAUCGUGUGUGAGAUGUUACAACAUCAACGUUCUGUAGACGUUUUCCACGCCGUCAAAACACUGAGGAACAACAAACCCAACAUGGUCGACCUACUGGAUCAGUACAAGUUCUGCUAUGAAGUGCCUCUGGAGUACUAGAACACUGAACAGCAGGCUGAGCCUGGAUGCAGAUCUAGACUGGACUGAAGGGGUUUUGGACUUUACAAAAGACUGCAGCACAGACCGACUGGUGUUAUCAUGGUCAAACAACUGGAGCAAGGCAACACAGCAAGCACACAGACACACGCAGAGCUCUGUCUCUCUCUCUCUGUCUCUCUGUCUCUCUGUCUCUCUCUCUCUCUCUCUCUCUCUCUCUCUCUCUCUCUCUCUCUCUCUCUCUCUCUCUCUCUGUGUUAGUUUGAUUAGCCGAUUGAGGAAGUAACAGAAAUGAGGUGUACAGUCUCUAUAUAUUUCCAUCAGUAUCUGUCUAUCUGCUGUCAGGAAGGAAACAGUCUCUAUAUAUUUCCAUCAGUAUCUGUCAUCGGGAAGGAUACAGUUUCUAAAUAUUUUCAAAAAUAUCGGCCUCUAGUCUUUCUGCCAUCAGGACUGAUACAGAAGCAUAAUGUUUUUACACUGCAGUGAAUCACCUCUUAUCUGGAACCCUCGGCCUGUUCCAAACCAACCUCUGAUCCCUACACCCUAGACCCUUUCUACUGUAAAUAUACCUAUCUGAUAAAAGAGAUUGUGAUUCUAACUCUAGACACGUGUAGAUUAGAGAGGAUAUGUAUGUGUAAGUGACAUGGUAAAAGUUCCACCUUUUGCUAUGCAGCUUAAUAAACCUGCUCAAUACUCACAGAUCAACACCGUGACUAGGGGUUAGCAGAGAAUUGUCUAGGGGUCAAUUUUGGGGACAGGGUGCCCCUCUCUCUCUCUGUCUCUCUCUCUCUCUCUCUCUCUGCUCUCUCUCUCUCUCUCUCUGUCUCUCUCUCUCUCUCUCUCUCGCUUGUGUUCCUGUGGUUUUUUCUUUGCCUUUAUAUCCUCAUCGGAUGACAACAACAACAACAUGCAUCAAUACUUUCCCAUUUCUUGUGGAAUGUGGUCUAUUCUGUACGUAACGUGUUCAUUUUAUAUAUAUAUAUAUAUAUCUUUCCGUCCAAAUCAUGUUUUACUAGAAGUUAAAAUGCCUAAAUGUUACUGUACUGUAUGUCCUGCAAAAUAGGAAAAUUCAAGAUGGAUUAUUGUGGUUAACGGUUUAUGCCAUCAGAAAAGGGAAGGAGUCGGCACAACCGUAGAAAUAGAAUCACUAGAUCGGAGAUCACCGUUCAGGUCAAUGGGUCUGUAACGGGUGGGCCGGCGGCUAUGAUUUUACCUUCUAUCCUCCCUGUUUCGAGGGAUCCACAACUUUUUUUGUUUGUUGUGCAUUUUCCAUUGUGUUUCUAGUUGUGCAUAUUGUAAAUAUCUCUGUACAUUAUUUAUUUGCAGUCUGUAUGUAAUAAUGGUGAAUGACAGUUUAAGUGACUCAUCUUUUAUGGGUUUAUUGAUUUGAUUGAUUGUGUUGUUGUGAGCAUGUGUUUUUUUUUGGGGGGGGUCAUAUUUUAUGACAGAUAAAUUCCACUAGAACAUAAAUGUAGCUACAGUAUAAAAAUUAUUGGUGGUGGUGUUGUUUUUCUUUCUUUCAGCUUAACGCGAUGACAUGAAAUGUAAAUAAAGGAUGUGAUCUGUU